CUGUUUUUCACGUACGUUACUUGGAAACAUAGGCAUUGUGUUAAUGGCCACCGAAAAAUAACACGAUGGGGCAAGGAAAAAACUUUGUUAUGGAUUUAAAGUUCACACAAUGACUUGUAAAGUAUUUAUGUCGGUUUGUUUAAUACUUGGAUGUGCUUUUUCUGUUUAUGGCAGACCUCAAACUGUUCCUCCAAACGCUGAUCUGAAGGAUGCGGAUGAAAUCGGCUUAGGAGACUUAGCUGAUCUGGAUCUGGCCAGUCUGGGUUCCUUCUCACCUAUUUCAGAUACAAAAUUAGAUGUGAACUCAACAAAAGCUGAAAAUCUGUUAGAUGUCAGAAAAUUUACCUUGACACAGCGGACGGCCAAACAAGAAAUUCACCCAAAAUAUGAAACAUCAAAAAAUUUGAUUCGUGUUAAAAGAGCACGAAAGAGAAUUAGAAAGAAGAAAGGGAAAUCUAAUGGUAAAAAGAAAAGGACAGGUAGAAAGAAAAAGAGGGGUAGAAAGAAAAAGAGGGGUAGAAAUAAGGAUAAAAAGAAGAAGGGUAAAGAGAAGAAGAAGGGGUCUAAAAUAAAAGAUCGACUAAAACUUAAAAAAGGAAAAGGGAAAAAGCCAGACCAAGAAACUAAAAGUAAAAAUAAUGAGCUGAAGAAACUGCCACAUGACAUGCAACAAAAGAAAAAAAAAGUUGAAACUACAGAAGAAAAAUAUCCAGUGGAUGUGAAAGUCAAAGUGCUUCCAACAAAGAAAAAAGCAAUAAAAGUGAACGAUAAAAAUGUGAGGAAAGAAAAGACUAAACAUAAAGGUGAAUCAGAACAUUUGCCAAAACGGAUCAGACUGGUAUCUGAUUUGGGAGAAAAUGGUAAAGGUAAUGACGAUGAUGAUGAUGAGGAUGAAAAAGUUAAACUCUUUAUUGCCAUGGUUAUAUCAAUUGCUGUUGCAUCUAUUUUCCUAUUCAUUGCAAUAAUUUUCAUCAUACACUUUGUUCGUGUGAAAUUAAGACGAAAUAAUUUAGAGGCUAAAUAUCAAGAAGAUCUAAAAGCUGGUAAAAUCCCCCCUCCUGUACCAGGCAUGUUGACUGUCAGUAAUCAACUGUGUGGUUGUGCCGCUGAGACACCAGAUCAAUCUGGUGUGGGAAGCACGAAGAAGGUUGACAAAGGCAUAUUAAAGAAACCAGCAAGAAAGAGUAUUAGUAAACUAGAUGGAAAAAUGAAACAUAACAGAAAGCGUUUAAGUAAAGAAACGGUGGAAGUGACAGAAUCAGAAGAAGAAGAGUUGGGAGAAGUAGAGCCGGAAGAAGAAGUAGGCCUAGAGCCAGAAGGAGAGAAAUCUGAAGAAAGGAAAUUGACCGAAGGACAAAAGCAGAACAUGGAAAUGGCUAUACCAUAUGUCACAUAGCCUGAGCAGAUUACAACUGGAAAAAUCUCAACAUAUUAUAUUAGCCCAACGCUGGCUUUCUCAUAAAAGAAGAUACAAAAGCCUAUAGGGAUUUGGUCAAAUUGGUUGAUGGACAUCUAGCCUCCGUGUGGGGCCUUUAACCCUACCGAAAAUAAAUUUCAAAAGAUUUAGAUCUGAUCUAGAUCUUUCAGGGUUUUGUUUUUUAUUGGGUUUAUCCUUAGAUCUAAAAUUGUUCAUUCAUGUGGAAAAUCGAAAACAUAUAAAUUGAGUUUUUGUUCUUUAUAGCUCGUAAAUGGCAAAAGUUUUGCAAAAGGCAAAAGAAUUGAGUAAUCAUCAUUUAACGCCUAACCCAUUUAACGUCUAACCUAUUUAACUCUGGAAAUAUUUAAUGUUUGUUUGUUCUCUUGUUGCUUUCUUGACUUAUGGAAUGCACAGUUCUUGGCGGAUAAGAAGGAAUCCUAUCGAAAAUAUAUAUGAUAUAAUUUUUUU